AUGACCCUCAAUAGCUCAGCUGUCCGUGAUAACCCGUGGACGAGCCAGAACGAAACCCGGACGUUGAUUGGGAGCCUCAAGCUUGCUCAGGUCCAGACGCUGCGAACGAUGCAUCUGACCUUGGGCGCUUUCAGUCUGGCUUUGGCACUGUUAACGGUUCACCGGAUUAUCUCGGACGCAAAACGGGCAGCCGCGCUCCAGGCGCACUUGAGGAAAGUACGAUUCGCCGCUCUCCGGAACGUUCAUCCCGCAGAGACAUUCCCACUCGUACUGGCUACCGGUGCGGUUAUACAACAAAUUAUAUUUGUAGCAGUGCAGAGCACUUCUCUCAGUAGUGUUUUAUCAAACCAAUGUCGAGGACUGGCUAUGAUCACGUUGCCCGCGAUCUUCCUCCUGGGUAUAAUAACUCUAGUUUUCGGUAUCGAUAUGGCGAUACGAGCCCUCAAAGCGGACCGAUUCGCUCCCAAGGGAAAAUGGACGACGACCAUCUGUAUCGGAUUCGUUGCAUUCCUGACGCUGAUGAUGUGGAUGCCCACAGUAGCCUGGCCGAUGUACAACCGAUGCUUUGGGAGCCUUAUCUGGUUCCCGAUGCGCUACGAACUUCUUAUGCUCGUUGUUCUAGUCAUCCUGAUCGGUCUGUUUCUGGCGCUGACGGCCAUUAUCAGCAUUCAGUUGAUGCGGACUUCGGACGUGGAUCCAAACCAGCGAAUUGCAGCUUCGCGAAUGUGCUACUACUUGGUCAUGUCAGCGUUGCUAUACACAUUGGUCCUACCCGUAGAAGUGCAAGCUCAUCGACGAGACUUCAACAGCACCUAUGCUACGUCGAGAAUCGCCGAGGUUGCUUUGUUCUGCUCCGGCAUUGUCAUCGCAUUCGUACAUCUAUUCCUCCGUGUCAACGCAACGCGCCUAGUCAUCAAGCCGAUGAGCGAGAUGAACUCGCCUACGAAACAAAAGCGUCCGAAGCUUCGAUUGUUCGGUCCCAGCGACCUCGAAAUGAACAUCAGUGGCCCGCUCGCACUGCAAGGUGGCCGUCGACCAGAAAGCAGACAAGGCCUCAUUGACGUUGGUCCCGAGAAGAACCGAUUCGAUUUCGAGCCGGGUUACUUUGAGCGUUCGGAACGACCACUUACUCCGGCUUCGGCCCGAUCCCAAGGUCCUAUCGAUCCCACCAAGUGGCCGCUCCCCCCGGACCCGGUCCAGACAGGAUUCUUUGCAGAGCAAAAGGAUGGCACCACUGGCCUGCAUAGGCGCAACAAGUCCAACUACUCGCUCUUUCCAACACGGGCUGAGGAGGUUCCACGACUGCCUGCCACCGUUUACAGCCCACCAAGAUCCGCAGGAGCUCCUGGUCGAUUCUCUCAGCUUGCAAUGCGCCGUCAAUCUCGCAAGGGCUCCAUUGCCGACACAAAGUCCGUCACUGAUGUAGGAGAGGCAUUUAGCUUUCUCGUGAAGCCGCCACCUCUAUUCUCAUCACGCCACAACCGCAACCAAAGCACCGACAGCAGCGCAACCGUGCAAAUUGGUCUUCGCUUCUCCCUUGCACCGGCGAUACUUGGCGCGGGGACAUAUAGCCAGGAUCCACCACCUGUCCCUCCUCUACGCCGCGAUGAAAGCGAGUCGAGCAUUGAAACUCUCGAUCUCCCCAUCCAAUCCCCUUCGACCAACACCACACCCUCCGAGCUCGAAGGCGAAACCCUACAAGCAGUCGCCUUUCCCCAGCCUCCUAAACCUACACUGGCCUCACCCGCCAAGCCCAGUCCCGGCAAGACUGCCGCUUUCCCAGUCCUCUCGCCCGCCACCUACCUCCAAGACCAGCGCCAGAAGAUCCUCCCUCCAACCCCUCGAUCUGCACUGCCCGGACCACCACCAACUGUUCAACCUCCCGUACCUCUACGAACUGGUCCCGGUCUCAGCGGCCUGAGGAUGAACCCUAUCUCCCCGGCCAGCACACUCUCCCCCACAUCACCAGCCGCGCCGAGCAUACAAGAAGGCCGCUCGAACUCCUUGCGGUCGACCACAAGUCCGUCGCCGACAGCACGAAUCCCCCUCGGCGCCGGGACCAUGGCGCGCAGUCCUCCCGCAAACGGCUGGAUAUGA